AUGUCUUCUGAAGCUGCUCCUCCUCUUGUUCCAGAUAUUACCGAGCAAGACCUCUACAAAAAGCUUAAACACAUCGAAAGUGAACUUGAAUUUAAUGAUAUCCAAGAAGAAUAUGUCAAAUAUGAACAAAAGAACCUCAAGAGAGAAUUGAUGAGAGCAAAGGAAGAAGUUAAACGUAUCAAAUCUGUUCCUCUUGUUAUUGGACAAUUCUUGGAAAUGAUCGAUCAAAAUAGUGGUAUCAUCUCAUCAACAACAGGAUCUUCAAGCCAUGUCCGUAUCUUGAGUACUAUUGAUAGAGAACUUCUUAAGCCAAAUGCUUCUGUUGCUCUUCACAGACACUCCAAUGCAUUGGUUGAAGUUUUACCACCAGAAGCUGAUUCAAGCAUACAAUUGGUGUCAGCUGAUGAACGUCCAGAUGUUACCUAUUCCGAUAUUGGUGGUUUGGAUAUUCAAAAGCAAGAAAUCAGAGAAGCUGUCGAACUUCCACUUACACACUUUGGAUUAUAUGAACAAAUUGGUAUUGACCCACCUCGAGGUGUUUUGCUUUAUGGUCCUCCUGGUACAGGUAAGACAAUGUUGGCUAAGGCUGUUGCUCACCACACUACUGCUGCUUUCAUCAGAGUUGUUGGUUCAGAAUUUGUACAAAAGUAUUUGGGUGAAGGUCCAAGAAUGGUUCGUGACGUUUUCAGAUUGGCUCGUGAAAAUUCACCUGCCAUUGUUUUCAUAGAUGAAGUUGACUCAAUUGCUACUAAACGUUUCGAUGCUCAAACUGGUGCUGAUCGUGAAGUGCAACGUAUCUUACUUGAAUUGCUUAAUCAAAUGGAUGGUUUCGACCAAACCACUAACGUUAAGGUUAUCAUGGCUACAAACAGAUGGGAUACAUUGGACCCUGCAUUGCUUCGUCCAGGUCGUUUGGACAGAAAGAUUGAAUUCCCACUUCCAGAUCGUAGACAAAAACGUCUUGUUUUCCAAGUUUGUACAAGCAAGAUGAAUUUGGGUGAAGAUGUUGAUUUGGAAGAUUUUGUGUCUCGUCCAGACAAGAUUUCAUGUGCUGAAAUUACAGCCAUUUGUCAAGAAGCAGGUAUGCAAGCUGUGAGAAAGAACAGAUAUGUUGUUACUUCCAAGGACUUUGAAAAGGGUUACAAGGCUCACGUGAGAAAGACGGACGGAGAACACGAAUAUUUAUUGAAAUAA